AUCAUUCUGCAAAAUAAAGUUAGUAAUUCGCAAUUCGUAUUUGGGAUAGCCGUUUGGUGUGCCGGUUGUUGGGUACAAAAAAAUUGUUGUAAUAUACUAGGUACUAGGUAUACGUAUUGUGAAUUUUAUUUUUUUUUCACGUUAAAUAAGUCUAUUUCUCUAUUGAUAUUUUUGUCAUUUCACACGGAUCAAUAUGUUUGUGACAAAAUGUUUGGCGCAACAUUUUUUUAAAAUGGCUAGAUUACAAUCUUUUAAAUCAGCUAAGAUCUGCACACCAUCCGUUCGUCAUUAUGGUAGUGUUUACGAACCUGAUUAUUUGGACAUGUUGAAACCAGACAUUCCUGAAUAUGAGAAAGUAAAUAUUCAAAUCAAAGGUUACGACUUCGCAAUAUUAGAAUCGUUUCAAAAACUUGUGCACACUAUUGCUGAAAAUAUGGACCUUGAAGUAUCUGAUGGCUGGGCAUUACCUCCAAAAAUAAUAAAUGUCAAACGAUUUAUUGCCAAUAGUGAGAAUGUAGAAACUCAAUAUACAUUGAAUGUUUAUGAACGCAACAUACAAGUGGUUGAUAUUCCCAGUACUAAGCUUUCCUUACUUAUUGAGGUAGUAGAAGACUCAUUGCCUGCCGGUGUUAAGGCAUCAAUUCACAGGCACACAGAGGAGCAAGAAACACUCAGAUAUAUACCUGACAACGAACUGAAAACGUUGAAAGUACAAUUAGAAGAAAUGGGUGGCUCAAGAAAAAAAAAGUGAGUUUAUGACUUACUUUUAUUGUUAAAUUUUGUAACAUUAUGUAGUACCUAGGUACCUAAAUAUAAUUAUGUUGUAAGUAAUAUAACACAAUUUGUGAAAUUUUAA